AUGACUUACCGGAUGUCAAUGUUCGUUCGAAAAGUCUUGAUCCACACGACCAAGAAUCCGGAGAAAACACCGAGCACGGGCAUGGAGGCAGCGGCAGCAGCAGCAGCCGCAGCUGCGGCGGCCGCGGCAGCGGCGGCUGCCAACGGGACGGGAAUUGAGCACGAGUACCACAACAGUUUGGUGCCGAUAAACGGCAGCCACUCAAGCAGCUCAGGCAGGAGUACGCCCAACGGUGAUCCGGCCCCGGGUAAGCUCUUUGUCGGCGGGCUCUCCUGGCAGACGAGCAGUGAAAAGCUGCGCGAGUACUUUGGCAUGUUUGGCACCGUCACCGACGUUCUCAUCAUGAAGGACCCCGUCACGCAGCGAAGCCGUGGCUUUGGAUUCAUCACGUUCGCCGAGCCGAGCAGCGUCGAUAAGGUUCUCAAGUGUCCGAUCCACACGCUGGACGGCAAAAAAAUCGACCCGAAACACGCUACCCCGAAGAACCGAGCAAAGCAAGCCAACCGUACCAAGAAGAUCUUCGUCGGGGGUGUCAGCCAGGACACGAGCAGCGACGAGGUCAAGGCCUACUUCAACCAGUUCGGCAAGGUCGAGGAGACGGUCAUGCUCAUGGACCAGCAGACCAAACGCCACCGGGGAUUCGGUUUUGUCACCUUCGAGAACGAGGAUGUGGUCGAUCGCGUCUGCGAGAUCCACUUCCACACGAUCAAAAACAAGAAGGUCGAGUGUAAAAAGGCCCAGCCGAAGGAGGCCGUGCAGCCGGGCGCCCUCGCGCUCAACAAGCGCGUCGUCCUCGGGGCCCUCGGUGUCAGGUUGGCCCCCCAGCCCGCAUUACCCGCCCCGGGCGUCAGCCAGUUCGUCGCCCAGGCGCAAGCCCAAGCCGCCCAGGUCCAAGCCGCCGCGGCCGCCGCUGCCGCGGCUCAGGUCCAGAACGCCGUCGUCGGCUACGGCAAGCUGUUCGCGGGCGGCUACCCCACCACCACGGCCCUCUCGGCCUACCGGUACGCCCCCUAUCCGAUCCCAGCUUCGGCGGCGGCGGCCGCGGCGGCGGUGGCGGCGGCCGCGGCUGCCGCGCCCGGCGCCCAAAUGCCCCAGAAUCCAGCGGCGCACCAGAACCACGGCCAACCCCAGGCUAAUUCUCCAGCUGCGGGGGUUGCACCUCCCAACCCGUACCAGGGCUACUCUCUCACAAACGUCGACAUGUCGAGUUUCCAGGGGGUCGACUGGGGCUCCAUGUACGGUAUGGGCAUGUACGUCUAAUGCGCGACGUAAUAUACGCAUAUACAAAGAGCGUCCCGAGGACCGGCGAAGGGGCCCUUUGACCCCGACUAUCCGUACUGGGGGCAAAAGCGCGACUCGCGGCCUCGUGCGAGGGAUGUGCACCGCGACGCUUGAAAAAACGCUAGCUGAUACUCGAGAAAGACUGGAACAACACUACUCUGAACAUUAAUUAUUAAUCAACGAGAGAGCUACUGCUGCUGCUGCUGCUGCUGCAGUAUAGUACUAGUACAAUUAUACGGAGCGACUUGUUUAUCCGUCUCGACGAACAAGUACGGCCCUAAUUGUCUUUCCUUUUCAUUAUUUUCCUCUGCAUGUACACAUACACGUUACAAGACGGGUGGCAGCAGCGGGUAGCCUCUUAUCAGCGACGCGUUAGGGUUCCUAUAAUUAUGUAACACGUACUCUCCUACUCCUUCCUCCAUUGUGCGUUUACGAUACUGCAGAACCCUCGUUUGGCUCUUCCCUUACGUACUUAGCCUACCUCGCCUACCUUGAUUUCCUUGUCGUUUUAUUUAUUACAUGAUUCUGAUAUUAUUAGAACCGACAUUACACAUUUAUCGUACUCAAUCGCGAUUCGUCGGCUAUCUUCAUUUUUUUAAGUAUUAUUAGUAGUAGUAUGUUGUUUCCUAUCCGCCGCUUCGGUUACCGCUUGAAUGCGAUCUCUCUUUUUUGCCCUUUCGUUUUCUCGUGUUAUUUGCAGCUGAUUCGCGUUAAAAUUAAGAGAAAAUUAAGAGGGGGAGAAACGCGGCGAACGAUACGAGAAUUUCAGCACGAGAAUACUCUACGAAGGCUCCUGCGUACUUUUUCUUCUUGCGUGAUAAAAAAGUUGACUUGAAACAGCCAACAACAAGAAUAAACCACGUACAUCUGAUUUGAUCGUUCGCAGCGGGUAGUAUUAUCUAAAGUUGAAAGUUGACGCGCGCGAUUGCGUAAUUUUACUUUUGUAAUUUGUAGGUUUUAUCUUUCUCCCUUUCACGUUGAUAAUUGCAAUCCAUGGCGAAUGAUUUUCUUUCCAAUAGAUUUGCGUCGAGGUAUUUGUUUUAUUUCUAACCUUUGUUUUAAUCAAGCAACUGCGAGGCUUUACUUAGUUUUCGUACAAUUUAUUUCAUCCUCUUGACUCUUAACGCGAGUAAUACUAAAUCCUCUUGGCCCUCACGACUUUUAAUUUAGAGGUAAUAGUACUUUUUGCGGUCGCGGCAUUCGAGUUUAAGUAUAUAUUAAGUGCGCGUUAUUGAUAUACAUCUAAGCCUUAAGAUUAUCGAUUAAACAAUAAAGGAUCAUAGAGAUAACGAACUCGAUUAAUUACUUUCUCACUUACUUACUUAGGCAAGUUAACUUAUAACUAGGUCCAUAAAGACAUGCAUAUAUACAUACAUACAAACACUUAUGAAUACACACUUACGUAGGUACGUACGUACAUUGCGAUUAAUUUUAUCUAAUAUGAUUCGAAUAAUUUCGUCACACUUCUAAACGUCCGAAACCACUUUUAGCCGCCAAUACUUUAAUUGUUACUUAUUUAUCAUUAUCUGAUAUUUUUUGGUCUCUCACAGAAUUUUAUAACAUGUAAGACUUUGUCAACUACGUGUUUUCAUCUUUUUUUUUUUUACACCACAAAAACUCACUAAUAUUUAUAUUAAUAUGUAAUAAUAAUUGUUUUUUUCCUUUGUUUGUCUAUGUUCCAUAGCAUUUGUAGUUUGAAAUCUAACCAUUAUAGUAUUAGUAGGAUCCUAAGGAUCUUAGUUGCGAGAAGCAUGUCGGUUAUUAAAUGAUGUAUAUUAUCUUAACAUCACUUUCAUUAUCAUAGUCAUUGGAAAAAAAAAAAAAAAAAAAAUUAUCUAGAUUAAUUUUCCUUUCAUUUCUGUGCUAUGAUUUAUAUUUUUACAAAAAACUGUCAAUACUCAUUUUUUACUAUAACAUAAUUAUAAUACGUAGUGAUGAUAAUGAUGAUGAAGAUGAUCAUUUCUCUGGACUCUCGCCUUUCUUAUACAUGGGAUAAGUCAAAUUUUUACGAUAUUCUGAGAUAAAAAAAUGUUUGAAAUAAAUUAAAGGACUCUUGUUGAGAAAGAAUAAUAAAUAAAUAACUUAUAACAAUAAUGAACAAAUACAAAAUGCAUUGUGAUUGUCAGAGAUUGUAGCUUUAUAAAAAUGUGAAGUCGAUAAAAAAGAAAUUUAAAAGCAAAACGAGAACAAUAAAUUUAAAUAAAAUGAACAUAAUAAUAGAAACUAGAAUAAAAACAGUAAUAAUAGGUCAGCAGAAGCACUACUUUGUAAUAAUGAGUCAGCAGGAGCACUACUUUUAUGAGCGUUCCUCACUAUUUUGUAAUUAAUCCUAAUAACAAUAAUAAAAAGUACCAUUGUUCUCGCUAACCAACACUACUGCUACUGCUGACAUUACUAUUGUUUCCGUAGUAGUUGUUGUGUACACGUUGUUAAAACGAAAAAAAAAAAAAAAAAAAAAA